CCAUGCAUGGCACUGCAUCGCAAAGGAAUUUAAUGCUGUUGGUCAAGUACCUAGAAACAUGAAGCAGCUAAAAUAUAAAUUUGAAAAUAUGAAAAGAUCUGCAAAGAAGGUAGCAAGUAGAGAACGUCAGGAAAUGAGACGCACAGGUGGAGGAAAUCCUCCCUCACUUCCUCCAGAUUCAGAAGAUGCUACUGAUUGGUUAAGAUCCAUUAUGUCUGGAUCUAUUGAUGGAAAUGAGGCUAUAUAUGAUGAUGACAUUAUUUCCCCAAAUUCCAUUGUUACAAUUCCCAUAAUUCACAAAGAUAAGGAUUUUGAUGAAAUUCCUCCUAUACAAAAAAAAGUGAAACUAGACACAAAUACUGAUAGUGAAAUUCAACAUGACAUGCCCAAUAUACUCAAGGAUGUUGUAGUCAACACAAUUAUUACAGAUCAAGACAAAAGUUUUGAUAAUGUUGAAAAUAUUGUCCCAGAUGAAGUUUUUGAUGCUAGUGCCCCACAUUCAUCACUAAAGAGACCAGUAGCACCACAACUAAGUCGUAUCAUAAAGAAAAAACAAGGGAAGAGUGAAAAUAUCAUAAAACAAGCACUAAGGGAAAAGAAACUGACAGUUUUAGAUGGCCUUCAUGAGUUGGAGAUGGAAAAGAUAAAGUUAUCUAUUAGUCACCAAAAUGAAUUACACAGCCAGUUACUGAGGCACAAUGAAGAAAAACAUAAGCUUGAAGUGGAUAAACUUAAACUUGAAAUAGAUAUUUUAAGGGAGAAAAAAAUAAAUUUUUAAGAUACAUUUUACUUUUGUAUAGGAGAAAUUUCAUCAAAAUCCUUAUCUUUCUGAAUUAUGGGAAUCUGAAAAUGCCAUGCACUUUUUGUUUUCUACUGAGAAAAAAAAUAAAAAUGCAUUUUUAUUUUUGAAGUUUUUUUAUUUAUUCAUUUAAAACAUAGUCUAUCUUAAUGUAAUCUAUCAAAAUAAGUAUUUAUUAGCAUAUUCCUAUUAUGCUCGUCAUGCUGGCUAACAUAUGCAGAGGUCAGGUCAUUGUCAUCAGAAUCUGAUGAUUCAUUAUCAGAGUCGUAACAUGUUGGCAUCGGGUCUCUCAAUUUCUUGCAAAUAUUAUAUAGGACAGCCAUUGCCACUAUAGCACAUUGGGCUCUUGCUGUAUUUGUUCUGAGUUUCCAUGACACUGCAGGAAACCUUUUUUUCCAACAACCAAAACUGCGUUCUACAAUAUUUCUAGUACGAAUAUGACUUUCAUUGUACAGUUUUUCAGCUUCUGUAACAGGAUUACGUAGAGGUGUUAGCAAAUAUGGUUUAUUGGCAUAACCUUUGUCUCCUAGUAACCAAAAACCAUCAAAUUCUCCAUCUUCUAGGCGUCCCUUAAUGACACUGCUGUUGAAAAUAUGGCUGUCGUGACAGCUUCCAGGCCAUCUAGCAACUAUAUUUGUAAUGUACAUCUCAGCAUUUGUGAUUACUUGCACAUUAAGAGAAAAUACCUGUUUUCUAUUUCUAUAUGUUUCUGCAUCUGCACCACCUGGCGAUUUGAUUGGUAUAUGUGUGCAGUCUAUAGUUCCUAUUACUUUAGGAAAUGCACAUAUUUCAUAAAAUUUUUUGGCCUCAGUUUCCAUUUCCUCAAUAUUUUUAGGCAUUGCAAUCCAGUCUGUUCUUAGUCCGGCUAUAGCUCUGCUCACUCGAUGAAUUAUUCGACAAACAGUAGAUUUGUGAACACCUGCAGCAUCCCCAAUGCAGCGUUGAAAAGAACCACAUGCGUAAAAUUCCAAUGCCAUUAUUAUUUGCUGCUCUGGAGUAACUGCAAAGUUUCUGAAAAGAAAAACAAUAUUGUUUAUGUAGUUAUACCUUAGUCAUACAU